AAUACAUGGUGGUGGAUCAGCAGGCAGGUCAGCAGGCUAAACACAGCAGGUACCUUUAUUUUGAGAACUGGGACUUCACAUGCAAUAAUUGGAUGCGACGAGGAUCGUAAUUAAGUUUGGAUUCAUCUGGUUUACCAAGAGAGAGAGAGACGCGGAUCCUGGUCAACAUAUGUGUUUGGAAAAAUAAGACUUUCUGCAAGGUGGAGCUCUGCAGGAAUGUCUUCCAGCUAGCUCGCUAACAUGCACUUUUGUGUGUGAAUUUGCACAGAAACUGGACUCCUGGAGACACAGAACUGGAAUUUACAUAGACUCCGAUAGUUUCUAAUAUUUUAAUACCCACUCGUUUCCACUGAGUGAAAGCCAUGGCGCGCUUUCGUCUCGCAGACACAGCCAGUUAGCGAGUUAGCUCGUGAGCUCGCCGGCGGAGCCGCCAAGAGCCGCCAGCCGGGGACGGAGCCCGAGAGUCGGCCUGCGCGCUGACGCGAUGCCGCUGGUCGACUGCGGCCUACCCCUAGUGCUCACCUCAGCGAGCUAACCCCGGUUGGAUGUAGCGGGCCGCCUCACAUUGUUUUAAUUAGAUAAAUCACAUGAGCACUUUUAAGUAAAAAUUAUUUGAGCAUAGUCAGUGCAAUUGGGAUAGUAAAAACUAGCAAAAUCAGCUCGCAGUGGGUCAUCUAGGUUGGCAUCUCUGCCCAAAGCUGCCCAUGUAAGGAGGGUUUGGUGGCAAUUUAACACUAAAUAUUCAAGUUAAUCCUGCGCUUUUAUAUUUAAUCUAAGCUUUAAGCGUUUAGGCAGUUUCUUUUAUGGUAUGGUUUGGCAAUUUGGAUUUAAACUGGCAAUAAUAGGCAUGGGUGUUGUUGACCUGCAGCACAGUCAGAUACAGUAUUCAUUCAUUCAUUCAUGAUUGAUGACCCCUGAGGACGCACACCGUCUUCUAUCCACUUUGUCCACAGCAAAACCAGUACAUCACAAGCCACUAGCAGUUCCUACUAUGUCUGUAUAUAUAUUUUAAACCACUAACAGGCUUACACUGCAAAAUUUGAGUGUUUUAGUUUUAGCAGCACUUUCUUGAAGAAUCCCACUGACUGAACCGUACUGGAACUGCCGGUGUGUGGAGGGGAAUAUGUGGGACACGCCGUCUGAUCUGAGCCAGUGUCCAAGUAUCUUGAAGAUCUGAUCAAAGCUCAACAGAGAGCCCCAUUGUGAGGACUGUACACCGGAGAGGAAAGAGAUGGUGACGAUGAUAAAAGCGUCCCAGCAACAGUGUUGAUCCCGCACCAGGAAGUAGAGGAGUGCCACAGGGCUGCAGACAUGAGUCUCCGCCAACCUACUUCCACACUGGACAGCCCUUUCGCUGCUUGGCUCAGCAGUCUGACAAUUGGGGACUCGGAGCGCAAAUCCUCAGCCAGCCAGCAGAAAGAGUCAACGGCUGACGUCAUUGCUGAGAGUACAAGUCCUGGUCUUGUCCAGAGGUGUGUGGUUGUGCAGAAGGACCAGCUGGGUUUCGGCUUCACGGUGUGUGGAGAGCGAAUCAAGCUCGUGCAGAAUGUGCGGCCAGGUGGUGCAGCAGUCAAAGCCGGCGUUCAAGAGGGGGACCGAAUCAUAAAGGUUAACGGCUCGUUAGUGUCUUCCAUGUCUCAUCAGGAAGUGGUGAAGCUCAUAAAAUCUGGAACCUACGUCGCUUUAACAUUACAAGGACCGCCACCGUCAACUGCCUCCAUGCCCCUGGAGCCCCUCCCCACUGACCUCACGCCCAAUCAGCGAACAUCUCUGGGUGGAGAGGCUCCACCUCCUCCGCCUCCACCCUUACCGUCUGGGCUGAGCAGCACCCCAUCCCAAAGAAUCACAGGACCCAAACCACUGCAGGAUCCAGAAGUGCAAAAACAUGCAAGUCAGAUACUCAGGAAAAUGCUGGAGCAGGAAGAGGCUGAGCUGCAGGACCUGAUGGACGAACACUUGAAGAACCCGUCACCGUCACUGGAGGAGCGGAUCGAAAGUGCCAAGAGAAGAGCCCGCCAAGUCAGGGUGAAGAUUCAGCAGGAUCUGGAGGGAACGCGAUCUGAAUCAGUCACGAGCUACGUCAUAGCAGGAGAAGGACGACUGUCAGUUGACUCAGGUGAAGCAGACUUGGAGGCCUUUGAGAGUCCCCACUCCUCCCCCUCAUUUUCCUUCAGGACCCCCUAUCACCGGCGCCAGAGCUCCGACACACACCCCCUGUCUGACACGGCUGGAAAGGCCCAGAUCAUCAGCCCUGAAGAGGAAGAUGAAGAUGACGGCUACGCAUUUAACGAGAUGGAUGGCCCGUUCCAGGAUAUCGAGUUGUUGAAGUCCCGACCAGCACACAUGACGGUGUUCAUGAGAUACGUGUUCACCCAGCUGCUGGACCCCAACCCUCUGCUGUUUUACCUGACGGUGGAAGCUUACUUGGGCUCCAGCCCUAAAGAUGCUCGUGCUCUUGCACCUCAGAUCUGCUCCCAUUUUCUCGAUCCAGAUGCUCCCCUGAAAGUCAAAGUACGAGAGGAGUAUCUCACAGAUAUUGAGAGUCGACUUCAUGCUCAGGAGGACAUCAGGGGACCUCUGUCUGAGCUCCAGCAGCAGGUGCUGCCAGACAUCCAGGACCAGAUACAGGACUACAGGAACAAGCAGAUGAUGGGUCUGGGCUCGUUAUUUGGUGAGGGAGACCUGCAGCACCUUGAUGGAGACCCGGCGAAGGAGAGACAGGUGGUGGACAAACAGGUCACUGCCCUCUGGGAGAUCCUAUCAAAACAUGAAGAGGACAGAAGCUCUCCUCUGGCGUCAGCUGUGCUCCUGUACCUGCGACACUCCGGCAUCAAGCUGAGAGACUCCAAGGUCUUCCCUGGUCUGAGCACAGAGAAGGAGAAGUGGCUCAUUUUCCUAAAGGCAAAAAAGCUGAGUGGCAACAAGAAGGAGAAGGAUGGAGAGGAUAAAAAGAGAAAUCCCAUCUUGAAGUACAUCGGCAAACCCCGGACCACAUCUCAGUCCACAUUCCAUGUCCCGUUGUCUCCUACUGAAGUUCGACCUGGCAGCGUGAGGAACAUUAUUCAGCAGUUUGAGAGUAGCACAGACGUACCGGGAGAGGAAGGUGGCGACGCUGCGGAGCUGCAGCGUCUCUCCUCCAGCAGUCUGGGAGAAGACGGCGUUGACAGCCCGACGGUCUCGGUGCGUCUGGCACGCAGCGAGUCGUUGAAGGCUCAGGGUGAAGGGCGUCGGCGGGGCGCGGCCUCGGCGACGGAGUCCGUCCCCCGCUCCCGCAGCGAUGUGGACAUGGAGGACUGCGGGGAGGAGAGGGAGCAGCCCGGCCUCCGGCCGCUGCAACACAGCGCCUCCUCGUCCGUGUCCAGCAGCUCUGCUCGGUCUCUAGAGAACCCUACACCCCCAUACACCCCUCGCUCUAGACGCAGGAGUGUGGACUCACCGCUGGCUCUGCUGCCGGAUGCUGCAGCGCUGGAGGAGGACGUGUGUGACGGUCAGAACUGGCAGGACACCGUUCCUCCUCAGCUCCUGGCAACCCUCAGCCCCCGGGAGGUUGACAGGCAGGCCGUCAUAUACGAGCUUUACACCACCGAAGUGUCUCAUCUGCGAACGCUGCGGGUCCUGGACAAGGUUUUCUUCCAGAAGAUGAGGUCUGUGCUGAACUCGGAGGAGCUGGCCUGCAUUUUUCCAAACCUUCACCAGGUCUACGAAUUCCACGCGAGUCUUUGUGAGGCAAUGAAGAAGCGAAGAGAAGCUCCCAUUGUGCAGGACAUCGGGGAUGUUAUGGUGGCCAGGUUUGAAGGUGCAGCCGGAGACGAGUUUCAGGAGCAAGCGGCGCAGCUGUGCUGCCAGCAGUCUCAGGCUCUGGAGCUCAUAAAGAACAAGAAGCGGAAAGACCCUCGCUUCGCUCACCUCAUCCAGGAGUGUGAAUCGAGUCCUCUCUGCCGGAGGCUGCAGCUCAAAGACCUUCUGGUGUCGGAGAUGCAGAGACUCACAAAGUACCCUCUGCUGCUGGACAACAUCAUCAAGCACACGGAUGCCGGUUCAACGGACCUCCCCUCGCUACAGCAUGCACACGCUUGUUGUCGAGGGAUCCUGCAGGCUGUGAACGAGGACGUCAGGGAAACGGAGCGUCGGCAACGCCUCACCCAGUACCAGCGCAGGCUGGACGCUGCCCCUCAAUUCAAGAGUCUGGACCUCACCGCGAAGAGAAUGAUUCACGAAGGUUCUCUCACCUGGAAAAUUAGCAAAGACAAGCAGAUAGAGAUCCAGGCGCUGCUGCUGUCAGAUUGCCUGCUCCUCCUCCAGAAAGGUCCAGACGAUCGGCUGCAGCUACGAUACCCAUCCCGCUGGUUGGGAGGAGGCGGAGGAGUCAGCGGAGACAGCAAGACCUCAUUCAGCCCCCUGGUAAAGCUGGACUCGUUGCUCGUCCGCUCAGUAGCAACAGACAACAAAGCCCUCUACAUCAUCAGCACCACGGAGAGGCAGAUCUACGAGCUGGUGGCGGCGUCGUCAUCGGAGAAGAACACCUGGAAGGAUUUACUAGAAAAGACCAUGGUUUCAGCUGCAGGGUCAUCGCCGCUGAUAAAUCACGGAUCAAUCCGUUUAUCGUCACCGAGCCUUCGAAGUGCGUCCCCCGUCUCCACCAGCAGCAACGUCUUUGGAGACAACUCAAUAACAGAGCAGUCGGACUCCAUGGAGAUCCAGUCCCCCAACGACGACAACGUCUCAGACAACACACCCACAGACCAAUCGGGAGCUUUCAUCCGCGAGGAAGGGCAGGCGGUUGGAGUGGCAGAGGCGGCUUUACAAGACGUGGAAACGCUACGCCAGCUCAUAUUACGAGAUUUAGAAGAGGACGGUUGGAGCCACGAUUCGGACGACACUCCAACCAACGAAACGUCCAACGGCACGAGCUCCCUUGCCGAGCGGCGGCAGCCAGAGUCCCUGGAGACCGUCCUCAAUUACAGCAUCAGUGAGUGGGAGGUGGAAACGGAGGAAUCUGCACUGUCGGACGUGGGAGAAGCCGGCGUUCAGGUCGUCAGAAAAGCUGUGGUUGUGGGUCCUCCUGCUCCUUCUUCUUCUGUCACUGAUGAUGUCAAACUCCUCUCCAAUCAAUCGUCGACAAGCGAGGCCAAAACGCAGGGGAACACUUUCUACUUGGUCAUGCCCAGCGCGCAGGGAGAGAGCAUCACUGACGACCCGGCUGACCCUCCCACCCCCACCGCCACCGACCCCCCCCUCCCUCUGGAGGAGGGGAUGUCUGUGGAGACCCAGCCAGAGGAAAGUCCUGCCUGCUUUCCAGACCUCGCGCAGUCGGCGCCUCUGCAGCUGGAGCCAGAAGAGGAUCCGGGUCUCUCACAGGCUGGCCAGCAGAGUCAUGUGGUCAAAAAUGUGGAUGAGAUUUUUCACACAAUUGAAGGUUUGAUGAGCAAGUUGCACAAGCUGAAGGAAAUCGAGAAAGCCCAUCACAAGCUCCUGGAAACGCUUCGAGAUUCCUCUGGCGGUCAGGAGUCAGAGGAAGAGCACUGUCACUCAGCAACCGUCUCCCGGACGCCGUCUAUGGACCGCAGCUCACAACACGACAAAGAGGGAAGUCCUGCAGAAGGUAAAAUUCUGUCGACUGGCUUCUGAGGGCUGAGCCGAGCGUCACUGCUGGCACACGGAUGCACCCGUACCUUAACAACCCUAACGACUGUCAGACUCCACAACUCUCCUCCCCUCAUCCCAGUGGGCUUCUUUCUCCUCGUCAUACCUAGAAGGUGUUUCUGAACGUUUUCAAAGUCUGCACAGCCUUUUCCCCCGAACCUGGGCGGAAACCGAGGGAGGGGGGGGGUGAAGGAAUAAAAAGACGGAAGAGAAGUUGACUGGUUGAAAAGGAACAAAACAAGUUGGAAUGAUUUGAAAGUGUGAGAAAUGACCAAGCUGGAUAUCUGUGAAGGAAAACGACUGGUAUGUUUUGCUGGUUGAAGGAAGGAAGUCGGAAAGUGGCGAAAAAGUGAACUUUAAGGAAAUUCUCCAAGGGACCCUUCACACCCACCCCCAGCACUUUACCCACAAUGCAUCUCUGUGUGGCAUUUGUCCUCUUGCAGUGGACAAAUCAGGGACUGGAGGAUUCGGACCUCGCCCCCCCCUCCCUCCUCCACUAUUUGCUUUACACUAAGUUCACCUGGCACCUCGGCCGAAGGACUGUGUGUCUAUUUAAUUCAGGUUAUUUGCACUGGGUAAGGAAACCAAGGUCUCACACGCACACGCGAGCAUCACUUAACUCACUCUCACACGUCACUCUGCAGGAAAAAACACUCAAGAGAUUUUUGCUCGGAUGCUUUACGUUCCUUUUAUGCAACAGGAAGGCGGAUUAUUCUGAGAAACAUGAUAGAAAGGUUGCGUUGAUCGUGCAGUUUAACUUUGGGAAACACUACUGCGCUGUUUACUACUGAGAUGCUGGCAGGUUUGAUUCCCACGUGUGCCGGGAUCUCGGCGAGAUUUGGAGAGGUUCACGUCAAGAUGGAAAACUGGCAGUGUGGGGUGAGGAAACGAGGACAACAGAUUCAAACAGAAACUUGAAUUUUCAUUCAAACUGCUGCCAAAUAUUGCGCUGAGACGGCUCGGCCGUGCAUCCUUGAGCCCUCUCCUAAGUAUUGUGUAAAUACUGUGAACCAGCAGCUGCUCCACAACCAAGCACCAACACUCGAAUCCUUGUCCGCGUUCAAAACCGCACUCUGCACCGAGUAGUUUUUGUUUUCAUGGGAAAGAUGAGCUUAUAUUUAGAGAUAGUGUGAUAUUUUUGCAAAAGAAAACACUCACUUUCAUGCCUUUUUCUGCCGGUUAAUAUCUAAACUGGAACCAGCCGUGCCCCGAAGCCACCUGCCGUUUAUCCCUGGAGUCGUCCGUCUCCAGACCGCAGCAAGGUAGCGCCAACGAAACCCAACGAGAUCGAACCAUUACGUUGUACAUAGCUGAGAGGAUUUCAUUACUGAUGAACGGUAACAGUCUAGUCAUUAUGUUUGAAGACAAAAAGAAGUUAUUUUCGACAUAAAAGUCACGUUUAAUCACGUUUAAACGCUGCGUGCGCAUGAGCAUUACAGAAGACGUGGAACAGGGCUGGACUAAAACCUGCGUGAGGGCUUUACAACGUGUCCGUGACCGCAGCGGCUCAACCUGUCUUCCUGCAGGCCCACUAAAGCUUCGUUUUUCUUCUACAGACAGAUAAAUAAGCAUUUCCCAGAAGUCAGACUAUUUAAGGAUUUCUGUAUCUGUCGGGAAUGUUGUCCUGGACUGGUUGAGACAUACGUAGCCAGCAAAGACUGACACUAAAACCAAGUGCUUUUCUCUUCUUUUUUUUGCCCGUUUAAAACAUCACAUUGGUACUAAUUGGAAUUAAUGCCAGGAAGUAAAUACGUAUUCAAACUUAGCACUUCCUGGCAGGAAGGUUGUUUUUGUUUUUUCCCUUUUCAUUUGUACAAGUGUGUGUUUUUAAGUCUCAUCGAUUCUGUCAUGAAGCGUGGCAGAAGCACGCUGGGCCGAUUAGAGCAAGAACCAAACGUUGAGAACCCUGACCCGGCCCGCUUGUAGGUUUUGUAACAGCGGAGCCAUAAGACGGUCACAAAUGUACAAAAAUGAUCAAAUGAAGCUUCAAAAACGUCCUUAAUCACAGGGGAUUCUGAAUUCACUUUGAAAGGAUUUGUUCUGAGAUGGAAAAGUUCGACCAAAGUGAAAUAUUUCCUCAGUUAUAAAAAAAGGGAAAACUUUCUUUUUCUUCACAUUUUGGCUGCUGAUUUUCAGGCACCUCAGAUUAGGAAACAUUUUAUUGAUCCCACUUAGAACCUUUUUUUUUUUUUUUUAAGCCAGCAGACAUUUAUUGAACACUACAUUUUAUACUUUAUUUAGCACAAAAGAGACUGAUGAUAUGAGCUGGUUGAAUCAGAAUCUCUUCUAACAAUCAUCUCGUCUGGAUUUUCUCCUCUGACAUCAGCGUUUCUCUCCCUUGUUUCUACCUCUACACUUCUGUGUGUCUUCCUUUCCAUACUUUAAUCUAAGCGUCUUUCCUUGUUUGAAUAAAGAAAAAAACUAAUUCCAUGUUUUUGUUAAAUCUUGCACAACCUGCACAUCCAACAUUUCCCAGCACAGUGCAAACUACUGUAUGCAUAAACACAUCUUUAUCAUCUCAUUGUCUUUUGUGUCUAAAGAAAUUGCUCACAUGUAAUAUAGAGGGAUCAGACCCACUUGUUUUAUAUAUGUUAAUUUUUUUUCUGUAAAGCCUUAGUCCUUGUAUUUGAUUUUAUUUUUGUAGAUAUGAUUUAAAAAAAAUGUAUAAAUUAUUUUUUCCUCCUGUUUUUUAAGAUUGGUGAGAUUGUUAGAUGCACAGAAAGCAAAAAGAUCUUGUGUGUCAGAUUCACGUGUUCUGUGAGAUUAAAGUGAAGAAACUGGAUUAAAUGAACUGGCUGGUGUGGACUGUUUAAUCAGAUUUGAAGCGUGGAUGACACGCUUUUCACCAAAGUCACCUUAGCUCUGCUUCAAUUGGACUGAAAACCUUUUCGUGUCAGCAUGUUGAAAGAACGCUAUCAGAUGAGUUGAAAGAAGCAUUUAUUUUAACAUCUUCAGAUUUAAAAUGACGUGUGUGGCAGGGUGGAGGUGCAGCCACUCAGGUGAUUGGACACAGGUGGGCCCCAUCAACCUCUCCACCCUGCCUGCCUUCAUAAGGCGUGGCUGCACAGCAGCAGGAGGUCUCCCUGUGAAGGUGCUGGUGGAUGUGUGUCUGCAGUGAAGGAGUA